GAGUUGGAGGCGAGGUACAUCUUCAGGCAGAUUGUCGACGCGGUUGGGUAUCUUCACCAUCGAAACAUUUAUCAUCGAGAUCUGAAGGACGAGAACAUUGUCAUUGAUCGGAAUCUACAGAUCAAGAUUGUCGACUUUGGCAGCGCGGUUUACGAGGACAGGUUAUGUCCACCAGUCUUGUAUGACCAAUUCCGAGGGACGAUAGCAUAUGCCUCAGCGGAGGUCCUCUCUGGCCAGUCAUAUCGUGCAGGUCCGACAGACAUUUGGUGUCUUGGUAUCCUUCUCGGUAUACUAUUCACUGGCGAAUCCCCCUUUCCCGAUCCGUCCUACGCCAGACGAGGUAAAAUUAAAACGAGACGGCAAAUGCCUCCUGGCCCGUACGACCUGAUGAAGAGGUGUUUGGUUGUCAAACCAGAAUUCAGAAUCACGAUACAUGGUGUGAGGGAACAUGAGUGGAUC